GGAGGUACCUCUUCCUCUCCCUCCCUCCCUCGCUUGUUUCCACUCAGAGAGAGAGAGAGCGCAUAGUCAAGAGCAGUACGGAGUUGUGGUUCUGAGUCUUCGACCAAGGUUUUUGUCUUUCUUUCUUGUUUUGGCAACUAUCAUCGGAUAAGCCUAAGACAACUCAAAUAAUUAAUCGUAUGCAAAUACCUACAUACAGGAAAUUUAAAACUGCAGAACAAACCGUCUAUUCUAUCGUUAUUCCCAGCGGCGGAAUGCAAAACCGAGGAAUUUAGAGCCGGACACAAGAGUUUAGACACCAUGCACUCGGGAGUGGCCGUAGGAGCCGGAGCCGAGUCACACGCAGACAGCAAGUGUAAGCUGUCUCACUUUCUGCAGGAACAUGAGAAGGUUCAGGAGCAGUCACUGCAUUAUCAGGAGAGGAUAACUGAACUUCACACCAUCAUUUCUGAACUUAAUGAGAAAAUUGGUUUUCUACAGUGCACCACUAUCAGAGAAGAUGAUGUGUUUUCAGAGUUGUCUUCUGAGCUCUGCCAUGGCCAACAAGAAGCCAAUGAAGAUGAGCACAAUGUGGACCAGGAUCCUGACCAAGUGUCUUUUUUCUCAUUGCCUAAAAACCAGUCAAUGCCCACCACUGCAGCCAUAGAUAACUGCAGUGAACUAAAUUUGGAGUUGCAACGGGUGCUGAGGGGCUUAGAGAGUGUGGUAUGUGGCCACAAGAAGAUUGUCUACAACCUUUCAGUGGCUGAGGUUGAUGGACACAUUGAGCAGCUCGCCGCAGACAGCCAGCACUGUGAAUUUGCCAUUAAGACUGUUGAGGAGGUUGAGGGGACACUGGGCAAAGAUGUUUACCCAAGUCUGUAUGAGGAGCGUGUUAGAUGGGAGGAGGAGCUGGCAAGUUUGCAAGAAGAGAAUGAGAGUUUGACAGCGAUGCUGAGCAGCAAGGAUAAAGCACAUAACUGUACAAGAGCCACCAUAAGUGCUAUUCGUGAGGAAAGAGAUCGCCUCCGCUUUCGCGUAACGAAGCUGCAGACUUGUCUACAGAGUGUGCAGCCUGGUGAAGGUCCGUCUCCUUCUGGACGAGUCAUCAACUCAAUCACAAGCAGCAGCAACAAUGACCUCCCUGUAACCAAGAGGGCAGAGAGAGUAAAGCUGUCCAUAUGCCGAUCAGAGUCAUCGUUAAUGAAAGGAGCUGUGCUAGGCUCAGAGAUGAACACUACAAGGGUGUCGAGUAAUGUAGGAGAGCAUCUGUCACACACACAGGUCUACUCUAACAUUCAGGAGAUCUUCCAGACACUUUAUUUGCACGGUUCUGCCAUCUCAAAUGACAAAAUCCAGGAGUUUGAGGUUGAGACUGAGCGAUUAAACAGUCGAAUUGAGCACCUGAAGUCCCAGAAUGAUCUAUUAACCAUCACAUUGGAGGAAUGUAAGAGCAAUGCAGAGAGGAUGAGCAUACUGUUGGGCAAAUAUGAGUCCAGUGCUUCAGCUCUGCAUCUCGCUUUGUAUUAUAGUGAGCGGUGUAUUGAGGCCUAUGAUCUACUGCUGGCUCUGGCAGAAACGGAGCAGUUAUUGGUGCUAGGCCAAUAUAGAGUUGCAAGUGUCCGCGCUGUAGGAGAAAAGGGCAGUAAGAGGAGCAUCUCUCAGAUGUUGCUGCAAGCUAAUGUGCGCAGGAAGACUGCAGAGAAUGCAGCUAAAGAUUUGCUAGUACGACUGGAUAGCAGCUGUGGAGGCUUUUUUACUGUUGCUGACUGCAAAACGCAACCAUUUAAGAGCCUGUCUUCUAACAUUCACACCAGCACAACCAUUACCACAACUAGCUCUGACACAGACUUCUCUAAAAAAGAUGAGCAGCGUCUGAAGAAUUACAUCCGGCAGCUGAAGAAUGAUCAAGCAGCUAUUAAGCUUACCAUGCUGAAGCUAGAGGGUGCACACAUCCUGAGUUAUGACAUCAAACCACAUGCAGACUCGCAUCGACUAGACCUGGAGAAUGCUGUACUAAUGCAGGAGCUCAUGGCUAUGAAGGAGGAGAUGGCGGAGCUGAAGGCUCAGCUUUAUUUGUUGGAAAAGGAAAAGAAGACUCUGGAGCUGAACCUAAAACUGGUGAACAUCAAGCAACUGAAAUCAAAGGUAGAGGAACAAGAAGAAAAGUGCAGAGGUUCACUCAGCUCUAGAGACUACAGCACCAAGGACAAAAGUGCCAAAGAUUCAGAUACUUCAGUGAUUAAUGUGUCCGAGCUGAGUGGCCUCAAUGACUGUGACCUAGCAGCAGAGCUUAAUAAUGCCCUCCAUAAGGAAAUGCAGCUAAAGGUCCAAGUGAAGGACCUGGUGUCUGAGUUGGAGAAAUUUACCAAAAGCAGUGAGAUUCAGCACCAGCAAUCAGCAGGGUUUAUCAGUGACCUCAAACGAGCCAACAGUCACCUGGUGGCGGCAUAUGAUAAAGCCAAAAAGAAACAUCAAAACAAGCUCAGGAAACUGGAGUCUCAAAUGAUGGCCAUGAUGGAGAGACACGAGACACAGGUGCACAUGCUCAAACAGCGUAUUACCCUUCUGGAGGAGGAGAUGUCACACCCUCAUACCAAUGAGACCUCCCUCUGAGACACACACAGCAGGGCAUUAAUUCCAAUGCUGGUUCUUCUAAUGGAGAAAUACAACUACAGUUUGGUGAACAUACUGUCCUGUCUUCAGUGGUGUCUUAAGGUUUGGGCUUGAGGUGGCCCCAGUUUGUGAAUGUAUUUAAGUUUGACAGGCUGUUUUGAAUAGUCUAAAGUCUUGUUUAUCUUUCUGAGCAUUUCCAUUGUCAACUCCACAUUCUUUACUAUUUUAAAUUAACACCGUCACUGUUAAGUAAUCUUAUAGCCAUGAUUAGAUCAAUGAUCCAUAUAGACAUCUCUGGCUGCAUCAUACAGUUUGCCUUAUACAGUGUGACCCAAAAGUCUGGGUCCAUGGAUAUUUAUCUUCAUGUCAAAUUUUAUAUUUUUCUUGUAAAUAAGACCCAAUAUAGUGUCAAAACUAACAUUCGAAGACUGAAUACAAUUCAUUCUCAUAUAAGCAUUACAGAAAUCUACCCAUAGAGAAGGUGCUGUGGAAUUUUACAGCAGUUGCGAUGCCUCCCGACAUUUGGGCUAUGUAAUGUAAUUACAUAUUGCAUAUGACAUUACUUAUUGGUCUUUAAAACCUUUAUUAUAGACUGAAACCUUCAAAUAAUUACCAAUUGGAGUUAGAAACUUUAGUGUGAAGCUGUUUCAUGCAAUACGUAGUUACUGCUGUUUGUCUUGUAUACCAUAAAUUUACUGUUUAGUUUCUAUGCACAUAUAAAAUGACAUGGGGAAAUGUAUAUUUUAAUUAAUUUGAUAUAUGCAAAAUACCAGAACCACCACCAGAAAAAAACCUUACUAUAUUACAUGUAUUAACAGGCUAAUAAGGCAAAACACUUUCUUAUUGUACUGUGUUUGCACUUGACCUCAUAUAUGAGGUAUCUGAGGUAUCACUAAUGCUUACAUGUAAAUGGGUACAAAUUGCAAAAGACAUAUAACACAAACCAAUGUAGAAACCCUCCCAAAAAAAGUAGAAACUAUGAUAUCAGCAAAGAGGGAACGGUAAACAAUCACAUAUGAAUUUACAUACUUUGGGCACAUCUUGGACCUAUAUAGACCUGCUUAUCUGAGUAUUAUGAAUAUGUACAAUAAACCAUCAAUGUGUACAAUUUGGGUUCUGAUAUGUACAAUCACAGAAAUUUAGUCCACUGCACUGAAACAAAAAUCACUAUCAAAUCAUUAUUUAAAAUCACUCCUGAUUAAGCUUAUGAUGAUUGUCUUUUGAAACAGAAGUCAAGAAAAAAACAUAGAUAAUGCCAUGAUUAAAAUAGAGAUGAAAUUCAAAUGAAUACAAACAUGCAAAGUACAGUGUUCUGCUCUGAUUAUCUAUCUAAAAAAUCUUAUUAAUCAUUAAGGAAAACUUGAAGAAAUGGUUAGAUACAAUACAUGAUAGACUAGUGCACCAUCAUGUAUAUUUGUAUGAUGUAGCUGUGUGAGAAUACAAUGAAAUGUCAAAAAUAUCCUCUAAUAAUAAAACUCCUUUUUUUUUUUUAGAAACACAAUGUUUUAGAAUAAGGUUGAACAGUUAAGACAAGAGAAACAGGAGCAACAAAGCAAAUAAAUGUAAACUUAUGAUGGUUCUAUUUAUUUUAGAUGUUGGUUUUAACCAUAUUUUGGCCUGUGGCAGUUUUACCUGCUGUACAAAACAAGUAUUCAUGGUAAAAAAGAUAAAAGCUAACAUUAACAGGAGCGCUAACAGAGAGUAAACCAAACAACAAUUCAGACAGGGCAGAUUUCAGAGCUGCCCCUGUAAAACCAGCACUGCAGAACAAAAAAAAUCUAUCCUGUCAUAAGCACUUGGUAUGUCCAUAAAUCUCGUGAUCUCUGCCUGGCCAAAAAAAGAUGAAGCCAAACUUGGGCAGGCCCAACCUGGCUUCACAGCACUUCUCAUAGUCUUCUGCACCCUUGGAUAUUCUGUCUAUGAAGGUAAAACAGUAGCAAAACCCGAGAGCUUGCAAAUUUGAAUGUGAGAACUUGUAAAAUUAAUAUUUGUAUUUGUAAGCUGAAAUUUAUACUCACAGCUCUGAAGCUGUACAACCACAAGUCAGCACUCACAACCUCUCAGAUCUGCCAGUACAACCUCAAAUCCCAGUGCUCUGACUUUUGCUACACAUUUUGCGAUAUUCCUGUAGCAAAACUCACUUGCGCACUUGUAAACGCGAACUUGAGAGAGCAGAGUCGGGGGCGGGGCUGGGGUGGGAAUGAAGUCAUUUUAUUGGUCAAUGCCUCACCAAUGAACAACGCCAGCCACAAUGCAAACAUUUGUAUGCAUAUGUAUCAGCUAUUUUGUUUUUAAAUGCUUGGAAAAUAUUUCUAUGAAAUAUCAUUAGUUUUACUGGAUUUUAUAAACCAGUAAAAGCGCAGCAAUGUCGUUUAAUUGGUUGGAGCCAGCCAAUGAAGUGGGAGGUUUUGUGCGCGAUGACGUCACAGACUAUACAGAGCAGCUCGCGCCGUUUCGGUGGUGGUGGUCGUCGUCGUUGACGAUCGCUGAUGGCUGAAUCAAACAAUCCGAGGG